UGUGAGCGCAGGUUCGCGGAGCGGUCGGGUGUGUUCUCCGCUCGCCCCCCGCCGCCCGACCGACCCGACGGUGGAGCCGGCGAGUGACCCCCGCGGCGCCUUCCCGCACCGGAUCGCUCCUCGCUGGGGCGGGACCUGGCCCGCAGGUUCUGGUCACUAUGAGUGAAACAUCCUUCAACCUAAUAUCAGAAAAAUGUGACAUCCUCUCAAUUCUUCGGGAUCACCCUGAAAACAGGAUUUACCAGAGGAAAAUCCAGGAACUCAGCAAAAGGUUCACCGCGAUCCGCAAGACCAAGGGGGACGGGAACUGCUUCUACCGGGCCCUGGGCUAUUCUUAUCUGGAGUCACUGCUGGGGAAGAGCCGAGAAAUCCUCAAGUUCAAAGAGCACGUACUGCAGACCCCAAACGACCUUCUGGCUGCUGGCUUUGAGGAGCACAAGUUCCGAAACUUCUUUAACGCUUUCUACAGUGUGGUGGAGCUGGUGGAGAAGGACGGCUCCGUGUCCAGCCUGCUGAAGGUGUUCAAUGAUCAGAGCUCUUCAGACCGCAUCGUGCAGUUCCUGCGUCUGCUCACCUCUGCCUUCAUCAAGAACCGCGCAGACUUCUUCCGACACUUCAUCGACGAGGAGAUGGACAUCAAAGACUUCUGCACUCAUGAAGUAGAGCCCAUGGCCAUGGAGUGUGACCACAUCCAGAUCACGGCCCUGUCCCAGGCGCUGAACAUCGCCCUGCAGGUGGAGUACGUGGACGAGAUGGACACAGCCCUGAACCACCACGUGUUCCCCGAGGCGGCCAGCCCUUCCGUUUACCUGCUCUAUAAAACAUCCCACUACAACAUCCUUUACGCAGCUGAUAAACGUUGAUUACUUCUAGGCCACGCAGUGGCGCCUGUCACCUACCUAACGGGACUGCAUUCUGAACGGAACAUUCUGGCUUUUCAAUUUUUUAAGCGAUUUAGACUGUAGUUAGAAACGUACAGCUUUCUGGGCAAAGCCACUGGGAAUGAGGCCUGCUCACCAUGGACUGUGAUAACUUGGCGACGUUUU